CAGCACACUAACCCGGGCUGCAGGUCCCCCCCGCGAGUCUCGCCGAAUGGUUCGCUCCGAGUGUUUAUAACAUGGCGCGCUAGGCCCGCCCCGCACAGUGCGGCGUGGAAAGCAGGGAGAGAGGACUUUGUGCGAGUCACCGAGACAAAUCUGCGCAACAUGGCUACUAACGGUAAGAACGGCCUGGGGGUACCGAAUAUCGCAGAGUAUUGUGCGCUGCGGUCAGAUGGCGGCUGUAACGCGCUGUGAGACCGUAAUGGGGUCAGUGAUGGCCCCGAGAACCAUUCUGUGACCUUCCCCUCGUUACCCCGUCUCCCCUUCCCUACCCCGUCUCCCUUCCCUUCCCUACACCGUCUCCCCUCGUUACCCCGUGUCCCCCCCUUCCCUACACCGUCUCCCCUCGUUAACCCGUGUCCCCCCUUCCCCUAUAAUCCCUUUGUUCUCGGAACGGCCGCCAUUUUGUGUCCGCGGUGAGGCUGGCGCCAUUUUAUGGCCGGGGGGAGGGGCUGCGAGGAUGGAAUGGCCGCAGGUUGCCAUGGAGACAGCGCUUACAGGGCGAAGUGAUCCGCGGCGCCUGCUAUUGGCUGAGCUUGUUGCUAGGCGAUGGCUCUCUGCGGCAGAAUGUAUGGGGCACCCAGCCUCUCCCACUGCUUCAUAGAUAGGGGGAUCAGCCACCACACCUCCCAUGGCCCCCCAUAGAUAGGGGGAUCAGCCACCACACCUCCCAUGGCCCCCCAUAGAUAGGGGGAUCAGCCACCACACCUCCCAUGGCCCCCCAUAGAUAGGGGGAUCAGCCACCACACCUCCCAUGGCCCCCCAUAGAUAGGGGGAACAGCCACCACACCUCCCAUGGCCCCCCAUAGAUAGGGGGAACAGCCACCACACCUCCCAUGGCCCCCAUAGAUAGGGGGAUCAGCCACCACACCUCCCAUGGCCCCCCAUAGAUAGGGGGAACAGCCACCACACCUCCCAUGGCCCCCCAUAGAUAGGGGGAACAGCCACCACACCUCCCAUGGCCCCCAUAGAUGGGGGAUGGGUGUAUAUUGAUCCGCCACACAUCUCCCAUGGAUCCUAUAGAGGGGGAUGGGUGUAUAUGCGCAAUGGCGCUAAUCACAUUAGCAUUUUCUGUAGGAAAGCAUUGCACAAUUGGGUUUUGGGUAACGCUGGAUGUACCCAUACAUAAAGUUCAGAAGUCGCUCCAGUGGCUGACUAAUAGACAAGCACUAGAGGUGGAGUUAACCCACCAAGCUAACUAUUGCAGUUUUUCAAAAACUGCAAUGAUUAGCUUUUCAGAGUUAAGAGACCUAGGACACUGUCCCCAGACGACUUCAAUAAGCUAAGGGGUGUGGGUGCUUAUAGUGUCCCUGUAAGCUAAAGUUGUUUUUAUAGUGUGCCUUUUUAAAUGAUUAAUUUAGAGGCACUCAGUGCAACAAGUUAUGCUGUGUAUCUCCUAAAUGACUCUGUACUGCCCCCAGGAAACUUAAGUGUUAGGCUUAUAAUAAAAAAUGUCAAUUGGAUAAAUCGUUUAAAGCAUGCUGCCUUUCUUAUAAAAUGAACAUGCCUUUCACGGCUUGCAGGGAAGACAGUGAAUCAUGAGUAUCCUUUCAAGUGCAUAACUGUUCGUUUCUCUUUAAAGAAUGGAUUUUUAUUUUUUUCCUUGUUUUGCAGAUUAUUCACAGCAGGCAAGCCAAGGGUAAGUACUUUGUCUAUUAAUGUUUAUAUCGUUUCAUGCUUGUUUUGAAGAUAGGUCUAAUAGUGCUUUUGUUUCAGGUAUGGGGCUUACCCCUCCCAGCCAGCUCAGAGCUAUUCCCAGCAGGGAAGCCAGCCCUACAGCCAGCAGAGCUACAGCGGCUAUGGCCAGUCUGGAGCUGCUUCAUCUUAUGGACAGAGUGGUGGCUACAGCUCCUCUUAUGGGCAAGACCAGAACUGUAAGUAGGAUAUGGCAAUACUGGAACAUGCUUUCUUUAAAGGGCCACUAUAGUGCCAGGAAAACUUUUUUUUUUUUUUUUCUGGCACUAUAGUGCCCUGAGGGUGCCUCUACUGGCUCUGGGGAGAGGAAGGGGUUAAAAUCUUGCCUUUCUCCAGCGCCGGGCGGGGAGCUUUCCUCCUCUCCUGCCUAGCGACGUCAUCGGCGGGAGCUGCGCACGCAUUCAGCCAGUUCAUAGGAAAGCAUUUACAAUGCUUUCCUAUGGUCGCUGGUGCCUUCUCGCUGUGAUUUUCAGUGAGAAGCAUGCAAAUGCCUCUAGGUGCUGCCAGUGAGACAGCUACUAGAGGCUGGAUUAACCCUCAGUGUAAACAUAGCAGUUUCUCUGAAACUGCUAUGUUUAUAAAAAAAGUUAAUCCUAGCUGGACCUGGCACCCAGACCACUUCAUUAAGAUGAAGUGGUCUGGGUGCCUAUAGUGGUCCUUUAAGCAUUAGACCAGAACAAGUGACUUGAUGUACAAGAAUUAGCAGCAUCUAUUGUCUCUGUGCUUGGGUGGCUUUCAUUGAUUGAGUGCUUCAGCAGAACUUUUAGGUAAUAAAUGCUGUCUAAAUGUGGGAGUGAAAUGUUUGCGUUGCAGUAUCGCUAGCAGGGUUAACACAGUGAACUAAUCAGGGACCACUGUUACAUCCAAAAUCAGAUGAUCAAGUAGCCUACUUGUACCAUAAAUACUGCAACAGCAUGUUGUGGUUAUGGUGCUUAGACUUCCCCUUUAAAGUAAUUCUAUAAGCUAUGGAGUAUGAGAUGUGAAAAACAGAUCUGCCUCUAUAGAUAUGGAUAGUGGGAGUAAAAUUGUGACUGUUAAGACCAGAACACAACAGAGGAACAAUGUUAAGUGGCUCUGAUCAAUUUUGGAUCUAAUACCAAAGUAAAGGGAGGUUUGGUGUUAAACACGUCACUCUUUAUUGUAGACUCUGAGUUUAGUUGAUUUUGCUUCAGUUAUGUGACAAGAGCAUUAGUCUUGAUUACGAUUUGUUCUAUAUUACAGCUGGGUAUAGCUCACAGUCUGCCCCUCAGAGCUAUGGGACUGGAAGCUAUGGUAAUUCCCAAUCUUCUCAAAGCACCUACUCUGGAGGACAGCAACCAUCUCAGUCCUCCUACUCCAGCUACCCCCAGCAGCCUCCAGCCAGCAGUAACACUGGAAGGUAAGUGUUCAGGGACCUCUAUUGGCUCUAGAUCAAGCAUGUCAAACUCGAAGGCUAAGACAGGCCAAAUAAACACUGCUUACGUUUGUGGGCCACUACCUUGACAUUACAUGUUUGGUAAUGGGACUGAAAUGGCGAGUGUAUGUUGCACAGCUGUAAAACAAAUAUCUUGUUUAUUUUGAAGUUCUAGGAGUGUGUUCUUCACUUUGGCUGAGAUCCUCAAACUCCCAUAGGAAAGCAUUGGGAUGCUAUUGUAAAUGUGGCAAAAAGCUGUGCGGUCAAUCAGCAUCUCCAUGGGGAGCAUUCAUCGCCUCUAUGCAGACCCAAUCUAAGAUCCAACACUGCUACUACUCCCCAAGUUAAUACACUGCCCCUUCCCUUAAAUUAAUACAUUGCCCACCACUCUGCACUGCCUCCCCCCAAUUUAACACACUGGGCUCUCUCCUAAAUUAAUACACUGCCCCUCCCUCAAAUUAGGAGUGUUCCCCCACCCCCCUCUCUAUUAGCUGUCCGUCCUUCAGCCCUGCUAAAGCAGGCCAGACGGUCAUCUGGCACUGCAAGCAGGAGGAACAGAGGAGUGGCUGCUCUGGACUGCUGAGCAGACACACAGCCACUCUGCCCUCUUGUGGCCAGGAGAGCAAGAAUGAGGAAAUAUUUUCCCUGUCUUGCUGGUCGUAGCCAUGGCUGGAAGCAGCCCCAGGGCAGAUGUGCUGCAAAUAUGUUAACUGUGGGGGCUGCAUGUUUGACAUGCUUGCUCUCAAUCUUGCCAUUUUUAACCUCUGAUAAUUCUGUGUUACAGGCAUUAUAGAGGCUGAAAACGUUGCAUUUUUCACCUAGUUUUUAUGCAUCUUAUAUUCUCCCUUUCUUCAAACCAGUUAUGGCAGCAGCUCUCAGACUCCUUCUUACCAGCAACAACAGAGCACUGGCUAUGGACAACAACCCAGUGGUGGUGGCGGCAGUGGUUAUGGUGGACAACAGAGUGGCUACGGGGGCCAACAGCAAUCCAGCUAUGGGAGCCAACCAAAUCAAAGCAGUUACAGCAGUCAGCAGCCAAGCUCAUAUGGACAGCAGUCCAGCUACAAUUCCCCGCAGGGCUAUGGCCAACAGCAAGCACAGUAUGGUGGUGGAGGUGAGGAAACUGAGGCUACGUGGUGAAAAGUCACAGAAUGCUUGCAUGUGGUGAAAUUGUUUCUGAUCUUGGUCUUAUUUCCCGUAGCUGGAGGAUACAACCAGGAUUCCCCUUCCAUGGGCAGUGGCGGCUAUGGUGGCUCUGACCAGGGAAGCUUUGGUGGGCCAGAUGGCAGGGGGAGAGGUCGUGGAGGCUUUGGUGGGCGCGGAGGCUUUGACCGAGGUGGUAGAGGCAGCCGUGGAGGUCGAGGAGGAAUGGGGUAGGUAUCUGACCAUGGGUGGUAUGUGAGAGAAGAGCAUGGUGUUUGACAUGUGUGGCUUGAAUGUGAGGUUUUUGAGAAAUUUUCUGCCAAAGCUCUGAUUAAGUGUUUUAGUCUAGCAUUGCCAAGCUCUAAUUAGCAGUACAAUCAAAUCAAAAUAUGUUAAUGGGAUUGAUACAUUAUGAUGUAUGAAAACUCUGGUCUUUGGUUACUGUUUUUUUGUCUUUAAGUGAAAAGCAUAAAUUAGGCUGUGGGAAACAUUAUUUUCAAAAUGACUUCUUCACAUGGAGUUUCAGGGGAUAUGAGAACUGUUCUCAAGCAAUGUUUUAAUAAAAAAAAUCUCUGGUACCAAAAGGUGUUAAGUAUCAACUCAGGCAGGGUGUCUGAAAAUCGACAAAUCCAAACUUAAAAUAAGGUAAAACGAUCUGCUCGUGUUGGUUAGGGUCACUGCAUUGGUAAUAACUUUGUAUGGAUGCGUUACUGGGUACCAACUGCAGCCUCAGAUUGAAACUGGUGCAUAAUGACUGCAGAUGUUCUCAUGAAACCUGGAGGGUAUUGGUGAAACACACGGUCUCUGGAUUAUUUAAAAAAAAAAAAUGGUUCAAAGUUCUGUAGCUGAACAUUAAGUCUAGACAGAUGCAAUUUAUCACAAGGAAAUUCAAGGCACAAACUGUAUGAAUGUGUGGAUGCAAAGUGUGUUUAUUUAAAUCGCAAAAUUGUUUGAAUACUCGGUAAUGUGGGAUUUCUGUAAACUUUAAAAUCUGUACAAAUCAUAACAUGGUGGGUAAAUGUGUGUACAGCAGUUCUGUACAGAUGCCAGCUAAUGUAAUCUCUCAGUACCUGGGUGUUAGUUGAAAUGUUAUUAAAUACCUGAACAGCAGUAUUUCUGUACGGAUGCUAGCUGGAGGAGUUUAAAACCAGGACUACAAUCUAUUUAGAAAACUCUAUUCUGCAUUUCUGUACAUAAAAGAUGUUUAUAAUACAUGAAUAGCUAAUUGUGUCUCUACAGAUUGCUAGCUUGUGGGUAGACAUUGUAUAACGCAACCUCUGAAGUGUCCUUAUUACAGACUAUAGAUAAGAGGGGCUUCUCUGGCAAAUAAGGCGUGGCUUACUUGCUAGAGAAGGGUAAGUAUACGCGUUGUAAGCUGUGGGGUUAGGAAUAAAACUGCCAAACAAUAAUUGCUUUGUUGCUCUUUGCUUUGUGUUAACAAACUCUGCAUUUUAUGUGCUACAGGUUUCAAGGUCUGUCGUCAGCUUUCACAGUAGCUUAUCAGCCAAUAUAACUUUAGGCAUAGUGUUUCAUAACUACUUAUAGAGCUGGUCUAAGUACCUAUAACCAAACUUUCAUGGUGCUCGGUUAUAUUACACAAAAACUUGGUUUAAAUUUUUUUUUUUUAAAAAGGGCAAAUAUUGAACUAUUUCAAGGCAAAGGUGUCUGCAGUGUGAUGUGAAUCAUGAGUGUGGUAACUAGCAAUCACAAUUCUGUAACUCAGUGCAAACAAUUGUGUAAUCAAUACCUGCCACAAGGUGGCAGUAAAAGGCUGUAGGCCCUGAAUCUCUUAAUAGCCCGAUUUUAUACAAACAAGCAAGUGUUAGUUUGUACGUACAGAGUACUGGCAAGUCUAGUCUGUCACCGAAUAAGAACUACUGUAGCCUCGGGAAUCACAAACAAACUUCAAUUUCUCCUAAUUGUCUUCUCAGCGGUGGUGAUCGGGGAGGAUUCAGUAAAUUUGGUGGUAAGUGAAGAGUUCAAAAUCUCAAACACAAACUUCUGUGCUGUUUUCAUUAAUUCCAGCCAUUCAUACAAUGGGUUUUCCUGGAGUACUGCAUUCCUGUGGGGUUACAAAGUACAGGUUUCAAACAUUACUUUGUGUAUGUUGGUCAAAAAUACAAAAAAUAAACAAUACACAAACCUCCUGGUGGUGCAUUUAAAUGGGUUUUUUUUUCAAUGUGGGGUUCAGAGUUUGGUAAAUGCAUGCAGUUUUGUGAACUGGGAGAAAAAAAAUCAGGGCACUUGGAUUUUAAAAGAAAAAUGGUUUUAAAGUGAGGGGAACUAUAAAAAUGGUUUUAGAAACAUGGUGUGAUCACAGCCACGCUUCUUACAAAAGGUUUAUUACACAGGAAAGACCUUGUGUGAUGGUGGUGCCAUAUUGUUACUGGGUAGACCUGGUUAACUGUUAAGUUUACACAUUGGUACAAGGUAAAGGGACACACUUGAACAUCCUCAAACCUCUGAAUGGAAAUGUCAAAUGACAGGGAUAUGGAACAAAGGAUGGUAACUGGUAGAACAGUGUUCAUGGUUUCUUAAGGUAUCAUAACAAAUAUUCUGAAGUGUUCCUACCAGUCUGGUGUUCAGUUGCAAGGUUUUAACUCUUAAUAGAUCUUAGUUCCUAUGUGUGACUGCCGAUACAACUAUAAGGAAUCACCUAAUGAUAGUCUGAGUGCCAGUAAUAGGAGUUUGUCAUUCAGCCAUUUGCGUUCUAUAGUCUUCAAUGAAUGUCAUGUGGGUGUUGGGUUGUGGGGGCUUGGGUGUGUUACUUUGUGAAACCAACUGCCGUAUUCUGAGAGCCUGUCUUUUCUAUUGAAGGACCACGUGAGGGAGGACCUCCCCCCAGACAUGACAUGGGUGGUGGUAAGUGUCUGCUUAGUUGGGGGUUGGGCUGAAUUCAUUUGAAAGUAAAGUAUUAAAUGCUAAUGAUAUAUUUUCUUUUUAAAUCAGCUGAACAAGACAACUCUGACAAUAACACAAUCUUUGUGCAAGGCCUUGGUGAGAAUGUAACAGUCGAGUCAGUAGCAGAAUACUUCAAACAGAUUGGAAUCAUUAAGGUGAGAUCCUCUACUGGAACUACAAACCCAAAUAGGAUUGCAUUUACAGUCAUGUUCCCUCGCUCUCUGGAAAUCUUGCCUCCUGACAUGUUCUGUUUCCCCACUUAACUGAUAAGAUUCAAGAUUUGCGUGUCCUAAUCAUGACUAUAAAUGUGGUCAUUAAUUGGGGGAAGCACAUUUUAAAAAUGUAAUCACUGCCCCUUGAAAAGUGAUAGUGAGUAACCAUGUAAAUUCCUGUCCAUUACAGACUAACAAGAAGACUGGAUUGCCCAUGAUAAAUCUGUACACUGAUCGGGAGACUGGCAAACUGAAGGGGGAAGCAACGGUCUCCUUUGAUGACCCACCAUCUGCUAAAGCUGCCAUAGACUGGUUUGAUGGUGAGUAAUGGACUUGAUUUUUAUCAUUCAUUGACACUAGCUUGGAUAGGAUUCUAAUUAUCUGUUUUAUAUCCAGGCAAGGAGUUCUCGGGUAACCCUAUAAAGGUGUCCUUUGCUACAAGGAGGGCUGAUUUCAAUAGCCGUGGUGGCGGUGCUGGAGCUGGUGCUGGUGGCAAUGGCCGAGGCAGAGGACGUGGAGGUAAGUUUAGUAGCAGUGCUGGUUCAUGUGUUAAAUAGCUUCUACUGGGCAGUCUGGUUUUUUUUUUUCAAGCAUUUACCUAAUUUACUGCAUAGUUUAUUAUGAAUGUUUGGGUAGGACCUUUGUUAUUUGCAUUUCUCUGAGCUAGCUUCAACUUUUUUUUUCAGGUCCCAUGGGACGAGGGGGCUUUGGAGGUCCACCUGGCCCAGCCAGCAGCAGAGGAGGAGGAGGAGGUGGUGGAGGAGGAGCCGGAGGAUAUCCUGGUGGUGGUGGUGGAGGAGGACAACAGCGAGCUGGAGACUGGAAGUGUCCCAACCCGUAAGUACAAGGCAGAUAAUAGACAAUGCCUUGCAGUUUAUUAGUUACUGUAAACUACUAAUCACUCUAUCCCUGUAGAACCUGUGAGAACAUGAACUUCUCCUGGAGAAACGAGUGUAACCAGUGCAAGGCACCCAAACCAGAUGGACCCGGCGGGCCAGGUGGAUCUCACAUGGGUGAGGAUUGCUUCUUAACACAUUACAUGCUUGCCCUUUUCUAUUUGACAACUAGAAGAGUUUAAUGCAAUUCUUGUUUUGCAGGUGGUGGUGGAGGUGGAUUUGGUGAUGAACGAAGGGGUGGCCGUGGCGGUUUUGACCGUGGAGGCUUUAGAGGAAGGGGCGGAGAUAGAGGUGGUUUCCGGGGAAGCAGAGGGGGAGACCGUGGAGGUUUUGGACCAGGCAAAAUGGAAUCCAGGUGUGUUACUGCUCUGCUUCCUUGAAAUUUUUUGUUUGUUUUUAAUCAUUUAGUCUACAAGCUUGUCGUUUUCAAGUUGUGUUGAGGUUCAGAUUUCUUGUUUAACCUCAAAUAUUAAUUACCUGUUAAGUCAUCUCCUUUAGAACCACUCUCAGAGUUCACUAAAUACUUGUAUAGACUUGCAAUGUUUAAAAAAAAAAAAAAAAAAAUCUGAACAGGGAAAAGUUCUCCAACUUGCAAAUAAAUGGGUUGUUACCUGUUAAGUGCCACACACUUCCCAGUUUUCUGCACAAAGUAAAACAACUCUCUAAAUGCUAACAACUUUUCAAAAUGGGCCACCAAUGUAUCUGCUUUAAUGUUUUGAUAUUAAUUUGUAUUUAAUCUUGUUUUUUUAGGGGGGACCACAGGCAAGACAGACGAGAGAGGCCAUAUUAGCGGUCGCCAGCAGCCUUCUACCUUCAAUUUGUUUUGGUUUUAUUUUGUAUUUUCAGGUGUAUCCUAUGGAUUCUUGCUGAAUAUUCUGUUCAUGUACACUUUGUAUUGCGUCCACUGUGCGCCUGUGAAUUUUAUUAGUCUUUGUAUAAAGUCCCUUACCCAUUAAACAGAUGCCCUUUUGAUUGUGGGGUUUUUCAUAAUUUGGCAAAUUGCAUUGAUGGCCUUAUCCUCGUGUUCUGGGGGAGUGGGAUACUCACACACUGGGUAUAAAGGGUUGUGGAAUGAGUUCCAAUUAGUUUUAUUGGGUGUCUGAGUUUAGGGAAACUGGCAUGUAUUAUUUUGGCACUGGAUGUACAGGAGUGGUUCUGUGAUAAUGUGUUCAAAUAAAACGGUUCAAUCCUUGAUUCCACUCUAGCAAGUGUCACAGUAUGGAUCAGCUGUUAGCCUGUCCAGUUCCCACAUAGGGUUUGUUCUCUUGUCAUAAAUGAUUGUGUACAAAACCAAUCUUGGUAGUUUACUACAUCUGUGUUUUAUAAAAAAACAUUGGUAUGUCAGAUGUCUCCAGCUUUAAUAAAUGCCUUUUAUUUAAUGCGCUGCAUGGAUUUGUAAGUGAUACUCUGGUAUUGCUGGCACAUGGCAAUCUGUUCUAACAGGUACAGUAACGGUUUUAGUAAAAGAUUAGCUUUAGAUUUUGGUUUACAAAGUUCUAGAUCCAAUUUCACCUCCCAAUCAUUUGAAAUAAGCAGUUAAAGUACUGGGGCUGGCAUACACUGCCACUCGGACACUGAAUCUUGGGUACUUUAAGCAGUGUGUAAUGGUGAAUAGAAAGGCAUAGAUGUUUACUGUAUCAAUGGCAGCUCAUCAUUACAUGUAGGAAUUAAGGGGGAUGGCUGGCUGGUUCCUGUCCUUCAUAAAGAUUAAAAGCAUAUAGCAACAAUUAUCCUGGGAAUACAUACAGAAUAGAGUAGUGAAAGUAUGAGCCUUGAGGUUUCUUUGAUACUGUCUUAGAGUGCAGAAUAAAAUGUUUUAGCUCCCCUGAUCAUCUGUAAAAUCUGGCGCGACGAAGACUCGGGAGCAAAAAUGUAUUCUUUUCUGCACUUUAAAGACUGCUUAUCAAAGAAACCUUCAGGAUUAGUCUAUCAACAAACUGUCUCUGCUGCUUAAAGGACCACUAUAGUGCCAGGAAAACACUUUUCCCUCCUGGCACUAGUGCCCCCUCCCACCGGGCUCUGGAGAGAGGAAGGGUUUAAACUUACCUUUCUCCAGCGCCAGGCGGGGAGCUUUCCUCUUUGGCUGAAUGCACAUGCGCAGCAGGAGCUGCACGCGCAUUCAGCCAGUCUCCUAGGAAAGCAUUUACAAUGCUUUCCUAUGGAUGCUGGUGUCUUCUCACUGAUUUUCACAGUGAGAAGCACACAAGCGCCUCUAGUGGCUG